CUAUAAUUGUGGUGUAAUAUUUUCGUAUGAAGUAGCAUUUAGUUAACAGGGCUUGUUUGAUAUACACGAUAAUACUCUCAGCUAAACAACUCUCAUUACCGUACCUUAUCUCACUUAUCUUGAUCUCUCGCGACAAUACUUCGUAACGGCCAGCAGUGUCAUCAAUCGGGGAUCUUUUUCUUUACAUAGUACGUUACUCCGUAUAGCCGCCGACAGAUACCACACCCACCCCUUCCACAGGGCUGAAAGGGGCCCGGCACAUCUGUUGUUCCGGGCCGCUGAUUGCCGCAUUAGGCAGGAUGUUGUUGUUUUCUUGGCGCCGCUAGCCCCUAACCAACCCACACCAAAGCAUCAUCGAUAUCAAACUCUCCGCACACACACUUCGACGCUCCAACAACUUCAACAACAUCUCUUAUCCUCAAUUUCGCCUUAUUGACUGAAUGGUGCAUUCUUAGUACAUAGAUCUUCGCCCCCCAAACGUAUAUUUAUUAACAAACCAUUAUGUUAAUAUAUCCUUCCCCCACAAUCCCUACCCUUCCCAGAUCGCAUACUUCUCUACCACCUUCACAAUAGAGCGCUUCUUGUCAACAAUCUACCUCCAACUAAACACGCCGGAUCCGGAUCAAGCUCAAUAUGAGUAAACAACAGCCUUGGUUAGAUGGACUGUCCGAGGACUGGGUUUCCCAAACCUCCUCCCUGCGCGACCGCAUCUCCAACUCCUUCAAACGCUCGUCGCGCGGCCUGUCUGCCUCUCCACCCACCAGUGUUUCGUCGUCACAUAACAAACCUUCCUUCUUCUUCAGACAUUUGCGCAAGACGUCGGAGCCUUCCCGACUAUCAGACCUCGAAGGCAAUAGCAAUGUCUCGUCUAAUCACACGUUUUCCAUGAUCAAUGUUUUCACCUCGAGCGUUGGUCCCAAAGUGUCCGUACAAGUGCAAUCAGAAAAUACACCCGUCGAAAGUUCUACCAUGCAUAUAAGACCGCAGAGUAAACAUGCCAAAGAAGACAACACUCCGGAAUGGAAAAAACGUCUUGCUCGCGGUGAAGCUCCGAUGGGAGAAGGGGGCGAUUUGUUCGGCCCCAUGGAACUGGAGAAUGUGUUUAGACCGCCACCCACCAAUACCGAAUCGAACGCACGGUCAAAUCUUUUUACCUCCGUGCACACACAAGCUAAUCGACCAUGGUCUCUGCCACGUUCUAGCUCGUCCAGAGGCGAGCAGCCAGAUAUCUUACCGAAUGACUUGGAUGACGCCCGAGCUAGAAUCGAAAAUUCUGCCAGUGAUAGCCAGGAUAGCAUAGAGAAAUAUAGCACAUCGUUGGACGACGCCAAAUGCUGGCUGGGCGGCGAUGCUCCCGCGAAUGGCACCGUUAGCUUUGACCCCAGAUCACGGACUGUGAGCGGUAGGGAAGAACUGCGCAAUGAGGAAAUUACUCCGAUCCUCUUCUCCAGGGACGAUAACGACACCGCUGGCGAAUACACGAAUCGAGAAAUUUUUGAAUCGCUCCUCGAAGAAGUAAGAAAUUCUAACUUGAAAGAAACAUUCUCAGAUUCUCGCAGACGAAAUUCAGUUGCCGGUGAUGAUUGCAGUUACCUCAGUCGUCGAGAUAAUCACACGAUCACGGGAGGAGCGGAUGACACUAUCGAAAUGACUAGCCAAUCGUUACCUGAAGACUUAUCUGUCGGAACAAUGGAUUUCGGCUCCACUGGUGGUGGCUUCGUGAGCACACGUCGUGGUGGCUAUUCCAACGAUGGGUCCUUUCGCCGUCGCCAGCUAUCACCAACAUCUCUCCUCCUUUCACCUCUCCACUCUUCCUCUUUCCUAUCUAAUUCAAAAAUCAGAAGCUCUCCACCGAUUGAUAGGCGAAGAGGAAUGUUCAGUUCACAUCAGCAGCAGGAACCCCCCCCUCAACAAUUCCUUACUCCACAUCGGGCACGUCGUGAAACGAACGACUCAAGGCCAAGGUCAUCUGGAAGCCCGCUGAAGUUAUUUGGGGAGUACGACACAUUCACCAGCAACAAGCUACUACGGAGAAUGAGCCAAUUCGAAGAGACGUUUAAUAAUGGUCCAGGUGAAGCAACCCCAUCACCCACAGAAACCCGUCAAAAGGGACGAAGCCGAAGCCGAAGCCGACCGACCUCACGCCGUAAUCCCAACCAAGCAGGAACCACAUUAUCCUCUCAAAGUGGCCGCGACACUCCCACAAGGUCGUCCCGCGCAAAGAAUCGGAAUCCGACCAAUCCAAAGGACCACCUGGCCCCAAACAUUCCCGGUUCAUCAGAGCAACGAGUCGAGGGUCUCAGUCUGCUCCCUGCCCCUUCUCUGGUAAUUACGAACGAGGAUGGGAAAAGCCCAUCAGGUCGUCCAUCUCGAAGAAGGGAGGCUGGAAAGCAAAGCCCAAUUCAAUCAGCGAGAUGGGAAAAUGAUCCAUUCGCCUCCUCUCCGGCUAAUGCGUUUCCAGCUGCAGCAGUUAGGACGAAGUUGAGAACCAAUGCCGACGAUGCAGCAGUUGUAAACGAAAAUUGUGAAUCAAAUCCGUUUAGGCAGAGCGAGACGAAGAGGGUUUUUAACAGUCCGACGAAAGAUCCUUGUCGAAAAAGAAGGAGGACACUACAGAAUAUCGAUCCUAAUAAUCAGAUUCUGGCGUCAUCUCUUCUUGAAUCUACUCAAUUUUCUGCCAGCUAUAACAUUCAAAACUAUCAAAAUGAAGGUCAGCUGCGAGCAGGCGACAAUGGUGACUCAGAACUCCCACCACGUCCCCGGACACCAACUCCCUCGCAGAUAAGGUCUCAGCUUGGAAACAAAGAAAAAAUUCAAACCAAACAUGCUAGCAAACCAUCAGCUUCCCUCAAUGCCGUCCAAUACGAACAGAAUGAACCCGAACAGAAGCUCUCCUUUAUCGCAACACCGAGCCAUGUCUUCGACGAUAGUAGGAAAGGAUCAAUUACCACACAAGAUUUUUUGAACGAAGCCACUAAGAUAAUGGACAUAAUACGUGCCAGAGGAGGCGGCAAGCAUAAUCAUGGUUUAUCGAGCGUUGAAGAGACUAACCAUUUGAGUGAUGCUGCAAGUGAUGUAGACUACUCCUAUGAUGAUGCUGAAGAGGAGGAAGAGGAGUCGACACAGGAAGCAUUUUCAAGACCACCAAGCCGCGAGGGGACCGUUGAUCUUCGCAGAUUACACGAACCACGCACGCAACAUCCGCGUAUAGUGAGCCAUUUAAAGAAGUUUGAGGACAAAGACGACUUUGAGCUUUAUAUGGGGGGAUCGGUGAUGUCUUUGCGCCUUGAUCGGGAACAGAAUGUGGCUACUUAUGCCAUUCAUCGGCAGGAGGGUGAGAGCGAUGGUGUGGAAAGCAGCCCAAAGAACAUACGUAUUCGUGGGCGGUCAACCUCAGGGAAGAGGGCAACCAGCUCAUCAUCGAAUUUAUCCAACGGUUCUAAUGGUCAUAGCGGCCCCUCCUCCCAACGGGAAAUAUCGUCACUCAGGUCGACUAGAAGCUCAUUACCCACAGGAUCUUCCCGGGGCUCCUCGAGCGGCUCCGGGGCUAAGGGUAUUAUAUCCUCGGAUAUGAUAGCUCACUUGAUCCCCGAGCAGGUUGGUGCGAUGACUUAUGACCGCUCAGCGCAUGCAUGGGUGAAGGGUAGAGACGGGAUGAUGCAUGCCGAGGAAAGACCUCCAGCGUCGAAGGCGGUGGAAGAAGACGUCAUUAUGAGCGAAGAAGACCCCUUCAAGGAUAUUCCCGACCUUAGUGUUGACGAGUUGCAAGAGCUCAUGGCUGCGCAGACAUUUUCAUCGCCGGCGACGGCGAAGGGGAAAUUUUCUUCGAUGACUGGUGGUUUCGGUGAAGGCCGGCACGAUGGUCAAAAAGAGUGUAACCAGCGGCCGCCACGGCAACAGGAUGAGGAGACCGACGCGGGAAAUCGCCAGCAUAUUACUGAUUUCCGACCAAAUACCCGAGACGGCGGACGUUUUGAAACGAGUUCCGUGCAAUCGAAAUCUACGCGGUUUACGUCGAGUUGUCCCAAUCCAGAAACCAGGGCUACGUCUUGGGGUAGUGAGGAGUUAGUAGGUAUUCCUCAGCCUGCUGAGACUAAUGAUUUGGGAAAUUGUCAGAAGGGUGGUAAUGGACAGCCUCCCCCCGGCGAAAGACGUGGUAGGGUAGCUACCAUUUCGUUCUCAUCCCCUUUGGUAUCUCAUGUGGCGUACCGGGAGGACUCGCUGAGUCCAGUCGACCCGGAACACGCGUUACCAUCUACUGUGCAGCAUGACCGCUACGGAUCUAGUCACUUCAGGGAUUCCCAGAACCAUCCGGGUGUAUUACCGCGCCCUUACAACCAAAGCUCGCCGUUCCGGAACUCUUCGCGCCAGAAUAGUUCAUUCGGUAGUCGGACUUUCAGGGGAAGGCGUAUCUCCCGGAUCGAUGAGCAAACUGAAGUUUCGGCCAACGAUGACCCUCACACCCAACAUCAUGGCCUUUCUGUUAUCGAGGCUCUAGGACAUGAGGACCGCUCAAUGAUUUUACAAGGGAGCCCAAACAUGGAUGCCAGUUACAGCUUCCAGCUUGCGUCGCUGUCGGAUUUUACGCUUCAUCAAAUCGAUGAGUCUAUGCGGCUUGAUGUUAGUUACGUUGCUGAAAGGACUCAUCCGACCUCUCUCAGGCAGGUCCACGGGACAUAUACUCUGGCGACCCAAGAUUUGAUUAAGCACAUCACUGACACAGAGCCGUACGAACCAUAUUGGGAACAUCUCCGUCAGCUGAACCUUCGCGGGAAAGGUCUGAUAACGCUACACAGACUGAACGAAUUCUGCUCGCGACUCGAGGAGCUUGAUGCAUCUGACAACAAUGUUGGCCAGGUUAGCGGCGUCCCCUCAAGUAUUCGCACGUUGAGGGUCCCGCGCAACUACUUGUCCAACUUAACGGCGUGGGGCCAUCUGUCUAAUCUUCAGUACUUGGAUGUGUCAGGAAAUAAGUUGGAGGAUCUUGAUGCGUUUUCGGGCCUUGUUCAUCUGAGGAGUUUGAAGGCCGAUGGGAAUCGCAUUCGGAAUAUUCGUGGCAUUAUGGGGUUAAAUGGCUUGUUGACGUUGAAAGUGAGGGGGAAUUUGAUUGGUGAGAUUGACUUUGGCGAAGCGGAGUUGACGCGGUUGAUAAAGCUGGACUUGCGUGACAAUCUCCUCACGAGUGUACGCAACAUUGGAUUCAUCAAAACUAUCGAAAAGUUAGACCUUCGAGGCAAUCGUAUUCGGCAUUUCGAAUCGUUGGAAGUCCUUCAUUGCCUACAUUCGCUCACCCUAUCGAACAAUAACAUAGAGAAGCUAAAUAUCGGGAAAUUUCCUAACCUCCACCUCCUCUAUGCAGACAGGAAUCACCUCUCCACGAUCAGCGGUCUCGAUCAAUGCCAUUAUCUGGAUUGUUUAUCCCUUCGUGAACAAACACUGCCAUCUUCUCCUCAGCAAUCUGAGAACGACCAACUUCCCCUUAUCUACCUCCAACUCAGUGCAGCCGCGUCCCUCCGGAAACUAUACCUAUCGUCCAACCACCUCUCGUCAGCCCUCCUCGCCCCAUCUGCUAGCGUCCCCAGCCUACAGUACCUCGACAUUGCCUCAUGUGCCCUAGAAAGCCUACCCAGUACCUUUGGCACAAGUUUCCCAAACCUUCGCGUCUUGAAUCUUAACUUUAAUGCGCUUUCCGAUAUAUCUGAGUUGCACGGGCUGACGCGGCUUGGUCGCGUAUUGUUAGUCGGGAAUCGCAUCGCGCGACUUCGGAAGCUCUGUCAGGUUCUGAGAUCCGUUGGUGGCCGCUGCGGCGCGCUGGGUGAUGUAGAUUUACGAGGGAAUCCGAUUACGGUGGGGUUCUAUCCGGCGCCUGUUACGGGGAGUGGGAGGGUGUGGAGGGAUGAGAAAGGGGCGCUUGUUGGGGAUGGGGACGUGGGGAGACGGAGGUUUAAAAAUCGUCAGGGGCUUGGGCACGGUAGAGACGAGAGGCAGUUGCAGGUCCGUGAAAGGGAUGAUAGGGAUGAAGAUGAUACGGGCUUCCCAACUUUAGGUAGUUGUACGAAUAUCGCGCGGAAGGGGUUCGGCGAUGAGGUUCAUAAUCAGGAUGAAGCUGAAGCUGGGGCUGGGGUUGAGAUUGAGAUCGACGACCACUACACCGUGCCUCCGGCAAAUGUCAUUGCGGAUCGCAAGUAUGUCGUGCACCUAGAUGAGGCGACAAGGUUGCGGAGAAGAGUUGUGGAACUUAUGGUCCUGGCGGCGGCGGCGGGGAGAUUGAGGGUGUUGAAUGGGCUUCCUAUUGUGAAUGGCUGUGCAGGGGGGAGCGUGGCUGAUGUUGGGGAUGAGGGUGCUGGUGGUAGCAGUAGUGACGGUCGUGAGAAGUGGAGAAGUGGGUAUGUGAGGAAGGAUGAGGUGUGGAGGCGGUUGGAGGAGUUGGGGGUUUUGAAGAAGAAGAAAAAGAAGCAGAAGAGCGGGGUGGCGGAGCAGAUUGAUAGGUGAUGUUCUUGUCUUGUUCUUGUUAUUCUGCUCUGGCUUCAAUUGGAGUUACCAGGUGAGAUUUGCUUUCAUUCAUAUCAUUCCAUUCCUAUCAGGUCUCUCAGCUACGGACUGCGGCGGCACGGUAGGGUUUUUGAGAUUUGUUUCCCUGUUUAUCUCUAUGGUGUUUGGGCCUUUCUUUCUCCCUUUUUAUUUCUGGUGUUUGUUUGGCUUUCUUCUGGGGGGGGUUCUUUUUUUUCCUCUUCUCUAAAUACCCUGUUCUAAAUUGCAUAUAGCGUGUGUGGGUUUGGACCGUUCAAUGGGUUUUUAUUCUUCUUCUUUUUUUUUUUUUUCACUUCCGCUUAUUUCUGUCGAAUUGAAUUUCUGGGCACGAUGAGGCUGUCCCCGUCUUAAUUUUGAAAUUUGUGUUUUGCUGGCUAGUUGGUUGUUGAUAAUGAACUUUGACCUUGAUUGAAACUUACACUACGAUAUUUAUGUAUAUUUGCCUAGCAGUGUGCAUUUCUAACUUGGCUACAGCCGAACCGGGACGGUAUCAAGACAAUAGCCCUUCCAACUAGGCAAGUAACUUAGGUUAUCUUAAAAAACGGAAUUCGAAGCCAAUACAAUUUUUUUUUAAAAAAAAAUCAGGUUGAUCAAUAAUCAACAUGCGUAAAAAAAAGUGGG